CGGAUCGUUGCUUUACAACGUGCGGUAUGGUCUGGGAGUUCCCGAACAAAACUGUUUGCGUACGGAUCUCUUUUACUCCGCUACAAGGCUGCGUGACUAAAUUGGUGGUAUAGUUAUCCGCGGCUAAUUUAUUAGCUAAAGACUGAAGUCUAAAAGGCUUGUUGUUCUUUCCUCGUGCACACAUCUCCAUUUUGGCUGUUACUUUCAAUCUUUAUAUUGUUUUUCCUGCACUGAUUUAAAUCUAAAUUCUGACAUAUUUUGUGGAGAGAACACUAUAGAGCUAGCGCCGAGGUUCUGGACAAACCUGCAGUUUUGAGCUAAAAGACAGCAGGAGAGGAUCCGUCACCUGAACCAAGACGCAUCAACAGAGACUCAUGGGGUCCGGGGAGGCCUCAGCGAGAGGGACAGCCAUGGACGGAGACUGUCUGAGCUGCAUCAAAUACCUCAUGUUCGUCUUCAACUUCCUCAUCUUCCUGGGAGGCUCCUUCCUCCUGGGUGUAGGGGUGUGGGUGCUGGUGGACCCUACAGGCUUCAGGGAGAUCGUAGCAUCCAACCCUCUGCUCUUCACUGGGGUGUACAUCAUCCUGGCCAUGGGGGCGAUGCUCUUCCUCCUGGGCUUCCUGGGCUGCUGCGGAGCCAUCCGGGAAAACAAGUGUCUGCUUCUCUUUUUCUUCAUGCUCAUCCUGGUUAUCUUUCUGGCAGAGUUGUCUGCAGCCAUCCUGGCCUUCAUAUUCCGGGAGCAUCUGACCAGAGAGUUCUUCACUAAGGAGCUGAAGACGCACUAUCAGGGUUACAACAAUACGGACGUCUUCACCGGAACCUGGAACGCCGUCAUGAACAGCUUCGACUGCUGUGGAGUGAAUAGCCCGGAGGACUUUGAGGAGAGCCUGUUCCGGCUGAUCAACCCCAACGAGAUGGUCCCCGCAGCCUGCUGCAGGAGGGGCAGCCAACCAGGAGACUCGGUAUACGUCAACCAGGACGAGUGUCUAAUGGGGAAAAUGCUCUUCCGAAAUAACAAGGGUUGUUACUCUGCUGUGGUCGACUACUUUGAGCUCUAUAUAUAUGUGGCUGGAGCGCUGGCCAUAGUGGUGCUCACCAUUGAGCUGUUUGCCAUGGUCUUUGCCAUGUGUCUGUUCAGAGGGAUCCAGUAGGAUGCCUGACUGCUGUACCGCACGGAUGGGAGCUAGAAAAGGGAAAUCAGGAGGGGAAAAAAAGAAAAA